UCUUCGGUCCUCUCCGCUCAGCUGACCGGAGCAACGAACCGGCUGUCAGGCGUCAUUUCCACCGUUUACCGGCCGGUGUUUCUGCCUCCACUGCUGUCUCUUCUCCUCAGAUUUAACCGUGGGAUGUUUUUGCGGGAUGCGAACAUUUUUCUGAUUAACCCCUGCAAGCGAUGAAUGAAACGAGCACCGAGGGGACCGGACCGGCGGAGGUUCUGUUGACUUCGGGCUGCCGAGCCCCGCUCGUCGGGCUGCUGGUCGGAGGAUGGAGCCGAGGCUGAGCGGGGAUGGCAAGCCGUCCGUGUCCUGGUUCCUCGGCCCUGUCCUCGUCUUCUCCGCCCUGACCGUGUUAGUGAGUUGUCACGGGACGUGCAAACAUCGAGCCCCGUCUCCCGAUGAGGUCGUCCAUCAUGUGUACUUGAAGCCUGAGCGCCUGACGAAGAGAAGCUCUCCUGACGACCUUCAGCUGAAGAUCAAAAUCAUCUACGACCACAGCGUGGACCAGCUUCCUGCAGACAAGAGGAGACUGGUGAAGGAUCAGCUGUUUCCUCAGGCCAUCGAUUACCUGCAGAGGACCUUCAGUGUGAGGCGCAAGGUGGGGCCUGUGCUGCUCAGCAGACAAUGUUCAACCAACCAGUACCUGAGGAAGAGAGAUGACCCUCAUCGCUACUGCCAGGACGCCUGUGCAGACGUCACCCGGUGCGGCCCCGUCGUUGUACCACAGCACCACCUGCAGCAAUGCAAGGUGUGCAGUGAAUCAGGGAAGACCUGCGGCCCCCUGGGGCCCCCAGAUGGCCCGGGAGUUGAAGGGUCCGACUUCGUGCUCUACGUCAGCGGCAUCACCACGGAGCGCUGCGGGCAGGAGAACAUCGUGGCCUACGCUGCUUACUGCCAGCUGGAGGCCGAGCUGGACAGACCUAUAGCAGGCUAUGCCAACCUGUGUCCUGCGAUGAUCUCCUCUCAGCCUCAGGAGUUUGAAGGGAUGCUCUCCACCGUCAAACACGAGAUCAUCCACGCUCUGGGCUUCUCCGCCGGUCCUGUUUGCCUUCUACCACGACGAUGA